GUUGCACCAGGCAUGAUGGCACGUCUCUUCCUAGCACUGCUGAUGCUGAUGGUGAGGGCGUUGCAACUCGGUUCCGCUGCAAAUCAGUGCGGAAACAGCUCCUCAUACUGUCCGUCCGGGAUGGCUUGCUGCGCCGCUAAGUAUUCACCCUCCACCUACGGCUGCGAGGUACCCAUUGGGAAUUUGUCUCGGGUGUCGGCUGGAUGUGGGGAUGGUCUGCCAGAGGGAGACAAGCUUUGCUGCAAGAUGGGCCCAGCAGAGCCCCCUAGCAGUACUCUGGCAAAUGUCCUCAUCAUUGGUGACUCCGUGUCUAUUGGCUAUGCGACCGGAGUAAGUGCGAAUUUGGCGCGACGGCUGUCCGACGUGGCUAAGGUGCAGCAUGGUCCUUGGGAUGUCUCCGAUGGAGGGGCUGGGGAUACUGCAAGUGGGGUGGCCUGCCUGGACAGGUGGCUGGUGACACAGGCCCAGCAAGAGGUCAAGUGGGAUCUCAUAACUUUCAAUUUUGGACUCCAUGACCUGACAAACACCUCACAUUGUGAAGGACUUUACAAACAGCAGAUGGCCAACAUCACGCACCGCCUUGCAGCACUUGGUACUAAGGUCUUGUUCAUUACAACCACACCUUUCAUGCCUCUGAGAACCCGAGGCAACACUGUUGUGGAGGACAUGAAUGCCAUUGCAAGGCAGCUGGUUGCAGACUACAACAUCCCUGUGGUCGAUCUCUAUAGCACUGUCACUGACAUAUGCGGCCCUGUGUACACUAGCUGCGCCAUUUGCAGGAAGGAUCCCUGCAGUUACCACUACAACGGUGAAGGUAUGUCUAAGCAGGCGGCCGUUGUUGAGGCGGCCAUUCGUCAGCACCUGAAGCCCUUGUAUGUUGGCCUGGUGGCUGUUUAA